AUGAACAAAACCCAGAGAAGAGUCGUCCAUGGGGCAAAUAGGAUUAAUGGAAUUAAUCUUCAAAUAGGAAGGGUUCUGCGCUUUGGAGAUGCUGUUAAGAAGAAGAAUUUCACUAAGGAGCACAAAUAUUGUGAUAAUUGCAAGGCAACUACACCAACUGAACCAAGGAUUUUGUGGAACAUGAAUCUUGCAAGGAUGGGUUUAUUGGUGUCUGUUGAUGACAUCCUUAUUACGGGUGCAGAUGAGUCUUUAAUUAUUGCCACCAAGAAUUACUUGCAUGAUCAGUUCACUAUUAAGGAUAUGGGAUAUGCUAAGUACUUCCUAGGUAUUGAAUUGGCUAGAUCCUCUUCUGGGUUAUAUCUUCAUCAAAGGAAAUACAUAAUGGAUAUUUUCACCAAUGCUGGUCUGCAAAAUGCUAAAUCUAUUGCUUAUCCUAUGUGUCCUCGCAUUCCACAUUGGAAUGCUGCUAUACACAUUCUUAAAUAUUUGAUAGGCUGCCCAUCUAAAGGAGUUUUCUUCUCGGCAGAUUCAUAUUUCAAAUUGAAUGCAUUUUGCGAUGCUGAUUGGGCAGCUUGCUUGGACACCAGGAGGUCAAUUAGUGGUUAUUGCAUCUUUCUUGGAUCCUUUUUAGUGUCUUGGAAGACUAAGAAACAGAACAUAGAGAGUCGAUCUUCAGCAGAAGCAGAAAAUCAGAGCAUGACUGCAACUGUUUGUAAACUCAAGUGGAUUUCUUAUUUGUUGAAAGACUUUCAGAUUGCUCCUUCUCCACCAAUCAAUCUUCACUGUGAUAACCAAGCUGCAUUGCAUAUAGUUGUCUUUCAUGAAAGAACCAAGCAUUUAGAGAUAGAUUGUCAUGUGGUUCGUAACAAGGUCUCUAAAGGGUUUAUCACUAUUGUUAAAGUUUAUUGCAAAAUGCAACUUGCUGACCUAUUCACGAAGCCCUCGUCCAAUUCUUCAUUUCAAUUUCUUGUUUCCAAGCUAGGACUAGUGAGUCCUCACCAGUCUCUCACUUGA